AUGCGCUACGAGGCUUUGCUUGUGAGACUUGCGGUCACGUCGGUCGGUUGUGGGCGGAGCUUGGUAAGGUCCAUUCACUGGAGCUGUUCUUGUUACAGAGCCGUUGGAAGGACUAACCAGAGCAACAGCGGUAUCAUGGCAGAUGAAGAGGAGUCCGCGCCGGAGCCCGCCGCUGUCUCUCCCCCGGGCAGCCCUCACAGGGGGCGGCCUCUCUCCGUUUCUUUCUCUGAGAGCGUCCAGCCGGCCGUCGGGAUGAUGAGCCAACUGCUGUCCCAGCCGUCCUCCCUGAAGUUUGACAAAAACAUCAAGCAGGCCUUCUACAACACCGGGGCUAUGAUCUUCGUGGCUAUCUGCUGCGGGGCGGCUGUCCUGGUGUACUUCAUCCUGGAGGCCUUCCUCCGCCCGCUGCUCUGGGCUGUGCUCUGCGGCACCUUUCUCCACCCCUUCAAGUACUCCCUGGCUACGCUCGGCCGCUCGUGGCUGAACGGCCUGCAGGACACCGGGACGCCCAUCGUCUUGGGGACCCUGCUGGUCCCGGUGUGGUGCGUCAACUACGGGGUGGAGGAAAUGGGCAAGCUGGUGCAAAAGAGGCUGACGGUGCUGCUGGUGAUCGGGGCGGGGGUGCCGCUGGCUUACUUCCUCUACUUCUUCUGGAGUGUCAUCGGGAUGCAGAUGAUCCUCGAACAUCUCUGCUGGGUCAUAGGGAUGCUGCUGGACUGCUUCCACAUUGUGUGGGUGUGCAGUGUCGUGUUUGGCUACCUGUUGACCGUCUGUCUCAAGUGGAGUCCCCAGACUGAGUACUACCUGAGGGCUCUGGCGCUUCCCGUCUGGGCUGUUCUGCUCUUCUACAUGGCUUCUCUGACCGGGUCAUGGAGGGUGCCAGUAUUUAUGGUGAUGGUGGCACUCGUUAUUGUGGGCUCCCUGGAGAAACCCCCUGUCCCAGGAAAAGCCAGUCCUCAGAUUACAUGGUCUCUGCUGGAUACUUGGCCCACAGCGAUUGAAUGGAGCCAGUUUGGACAAUUGAGAGAGCUGCCGGGACAGAUGCUCUCACUGGCUGCCAACACCAUUUUCAUGGCCAUUUCCUGCAGCAACCUGCAGCCAAAAGAAGAGCCCAGUGAGGCUUCCAGCACAGAAGGCCCCGUCCCCCCCACGCCGGGCUUCCCUUUCCCCCCAAAGGCCAGCCUCCAGCUGAAAGAGAAAAGCAGUCGGAAGUCCAGCGACAUCUACUUCAUCUUGCUGGCCUGGGCCAUCGGGCUGGUCCAGAUUUGGCUCAACUUCUGGAUCCUCCAGCUGCUGCCCAUCCCUGUGGCUGUUUGGGUGUCGAAGAAGGUGAUGGUCCGCUUUGGCGUGAAGAGCUUCACGGAGACGACUCUGAGCUCGUGGUGGGCCGUGUUGGAGAAGUUCGUGCGGGAACGUGAGGAGGCCUUGUUGCCUGGACCAAUCAAAGGCCUCGCUCAGUUCCUGCUGCGCGUUGACACCCAGAUGAUAGUGUGGCUGGAGCGAUCGCUGGACAAAAUCAUCAGCAUCUUCAUUAUCUUCCUCGUGGUCACAGGGACUCUGGUCAUGGCUCUUCUGCUCACUGCUAUGGUUCAUCACGAAAGCACUCACAUCAUUAAAGUUACCAGCAACCUCAUCAACGAGACUCUUUCUAACCAUCCAGAAUGGGCUAAUUUGCUUCCAGAAGCUCGUGUCGUGCAGAAAGCUCUGAAUUCAGCUGCCACUAAUGUUUAUCAGCAUGGGAGAGAAUGGAUAACACAGAAGCUCCAAAAGAUGUUGGGGGAUAAGGUGAACAACACGGCGAUGAUCGAGAAGCAGGUGUUGGAGCUUUGGGACCGACUUUACCACUCCUGGUUCGUGAAGAAUGUGACCCACAGCGGGCGGCACCGCGUGCAGAAGAACAUGGCUCAUAGACAGAACAGCUGGCUGGGGGACAUCCUGGACUGGAAGGACAUCGUCUCUUUUGUGCAGGAGAACAUCGAGACUCUGCUGUCUAUCCUUGAGUCUCUGUGGGUGGUGAUGAGCAGGAACGUUGGCCUCCUCUUCUCCACCACCACCACCCUCUUCACCGUGUUGUUCCACAGCGGCACGGCGCUGCUCAACUUCGCGCUGAGUCUGGUGAUUUUCCUCACCACUCUGUUCUACCUGCUGAGCUCCAGCGGCGAAUACUACAAACCCGUCAAAUGGAUCAUCAACCUGACGCCGCUCUCGCAGCCCGGACCCUCCUCCAACAUCAUCGGCCAGUCGGUGGAGGAGGCCAUCAGAGGGGUGUUUGAUGCCUCCUUCAAAAUGGCGGGCUUCUACGGCCUCUACACCUGGCUCACUCACACCAUCUUUGGCAUCAACAUCGUCUUCAUUCCUUCCGCUCUGGCUGCCAUCUUGGGCGCCGUGCCUUUCCUGGGGACAUACUGGGCGGCGGUGCCGGCCGUGUGCGACCUGUGGCUGGCACAAGGCGAAAGCGUCAAGGCCGCGAUGCUGCUCAUCUGCCACCUGCUCCCCACGUAUUUCGUGGACACGGCCAUCUACUCGGAUAUAUCGGGGGGCGGCCAUCCGUACCUCACAGGCCUGGCGGUCGCAGGUGGAGCGUACUAUCUUGGCCUGGAGGGGGCGAUAAUUGGCCCCAUCCUCCUCUGCAUCCUGGUGGUGGCAGCGAACAUCUACAGCGCCAUGCUGAUGAGUCCCAGCUCUGCACUCCCCACACCAGUCCAGCCAAACUGGCCCACACACCCCAUGAGGACCUUUGCAGAGUCCACUCCCUCCGUGCUGAAGACGGCCUCCGACUCAAAGUGAGGGUGGGUUUCCCUGCAGAACGUCACACGGGUAAGGAGACCCGCUUCCCGCCUGGCGGGCUCCAGAAGCUCGGCCUGGACCGAGAAGAGGAGGAGACGCUGCGAUUGCCGGCGCCGUCCGCGUCCCAGAGCCAGCAGACAUCCUGAUCCCACACCCGGAGCAGCGCCAGCACUCUGCGUUUCCCAUGAGAAGCUGAUUUCAGAACUCGGUGCCUAAUUUAUUUUGUGAUAUUGAACAAAAAAAAGAAAAAAUGCCGAAAAUGUUUCGGUGGUUCCUUUUAAGAUGAUAUAUUUUGUCCCCAACGCCCCGGGCGGCUUCGUUUUGCUGCUGUGGCUGCGCAGCGUCUCGACUCCCUCCCUCUUCUCUCAGGGAGUCUGAAGGUCCAACCAGGACCAGGAAAAUCAGCUUCGAUGGUUUAUUUCCUUCUUAAUGUAACGAGCUACUCAAGUUUCAGUGAUUCUGUCUGUAAUUUAUUGAUAGCAGAGCUGGAACAAGACCCGGCUCAGUCUGCUGCGUUUAAUUUAACCAACUCCAGUGACUAGAUGUCCUAUUGUCAGACACUGUACAUCCCAGGGAUGUCGUUUUUUUUUUUUUUUUUGUUUUGUUUUUGGCACUGUUUAUUUAUUUGUCUGAAGCUUAAUGUUUUCAGCACAUGCAUGACCAAGCUUUGAGGCACAGCCUCCUCAUUCUCCACCGCCUCCACACACACUGUGAGGUUUUGGCGACGCUUGUCACUCUUUGCAUUUCAGACACUUUACUGAGAAUUUCAGCACUUUCUUAGAAAUAACGUCGUUUACAUCAUUAGAGGCUUCAAUAAGCAGGCAGUACUUGUACAGUGAGUUUGAACACUAAUCAUUCAGCUACUGUGUUAGCUAUGUGAGGGAGGGGAGGAGUUGGACUAAAACUAACGGGCACAGAGUUUAACUCAAACACUGGAUUGGAUUCUUUUGCUCCAGUUGCUGUGUUUAUUAAUAAAAUGCACUGAAUAAGCAGAAUUUAAACCACGAA